AUUUGGUUUUUCUCUACUUUCAGAGCUGCCUUUAGUAGUUACUACUAUCACAUAGCAACCACCAUCUGUACGUUGGCAACCACCAUCUAUACAUUAGCAACCACCAUCUAUACAUUAGCAACCACCAUUUAUACGUGUAAUCAUGAAGGUGUGCGCAAUAGUCCCGAUUAAACACCACUCGAGCAGAGUUCCAGGAAAGAACUACAGAGUUCUUGAGGGAAAGCCUCUGUACUAUUAUGUCAUAAGGACACUGCUUGACUGUAAACAUAUUAACCAGGUUGUCGUGGAUACCGACUCUCCUCUGAUUAUUGAAGGGCUGGAACAAUACUUCCAGAACAACGUAACGGUCUACCCACGUCCAAAGGAGCUACAGGGUGAUGAUGUUCCCACAAAUGCCUUAUUGAUGAACGUCAUAACGAAGAAUGAUUACGAUGCUGAUUACUACCUGCAGACGCAUGUGACGAAUCCUUUGAUCACAGUGAAAACCAUUGAUGACGCUCUGGAACGGUUUAUGAAUAAUGACGAGGGAUAUGAUUCCGCUUUUUCCGUGAUGACUCACCAUACACGCCUGUAUAAUAAGGAUGGUGGCGCUAUGAAUCAUAACCCUAAAGAAUUGAUACCCACCCAAGAUCUGGACCCAAUCUACGAAGAAAACUCAUGUAUCUAUAUCUUCAGCAAGGCCAGUCUUCUAGAACACAAGCAUCGUAUUGGAGCCAAGCCUAUGAUGAUCAAAAUGUCCGACAUUGAGAGUACAGAUAUCGAUUGGGAAGAUGAUUUCAUAAAAGCUGGAUUGCUGGUGAAAAUGCGAAAUGAUCAGUCAAUGGAAGGGCGUGUUGUUCUUAUCACUGGUGUAGGGGGAGGGAUUGGAACAGCCGUUGCUAUGAAAUUCAAACAAGAAGGAUGGUACGUGGUCGGGAUGGAUAUCAAACAUAUCGAGCAGCCAUAUGUGGACCGUUUUAUCCAAACUGACAUAUCUAAACCCGAAAAUUGCCAGGCUGCAAUAGCUAGCGUGAUGACGACUGAGACACGACUUGAUUGCUUGGUGAAUAAUGCAGCUAUACAGAUCUGCAAAAAGGUGGUUGACACAGAAUGCGAAGAUUGGGAUCGUACCAUGAAUGUGAACGCAAGAGCAAUGUUCCUCCUUAGCAAAUACGCACACGACAUGCUGCAGAAAUCCAGCGGUUCCAUCGUCAAUGUUUCUUCAGUUCACGCACACCAAACAUCGGAAAGUAUUGUUUCAUAUGCCACUUCAAAAGGAGCUGUGUCUGUUCUCACGCGCGCCAUGUCUCUGGAAUAUGCUCGUGAUAGCAUCCGUGUGAAUGCCGUCCUUCCAGGAGCAACAGACACCGGAAUGUUGCGCAGUGGCCUCAGUCGUGGUCACGUCGCUGGUGGCGACAUCUAUCAGUUAAUAUCAUCACUUGGCAGCAAGCACGUCGUGAAUAGAAUUGGUCAGCCAUCUGAGAUUGCUGAGGCAAUUUAUUUCUUAGCUGACGGGAGGCAUUCCUCUUUUGUAAUUGGUCAAUCUCUUGUAGUUGAUGGCGGAGCAACUAUACGUCUGAGUACGGAGUAAUUUCACAGCUUUGUCUCUCCAAAU